AUAAGAUAUACACGUGGAUGUUGACCCCAGGAUUGGACAUCCUUAAAUGGAUACAAAUCAUCUACACACGCACAAUCGGCGCGUGAGUAACACUACCAGAGACUCUUUUUGUAAAUUCUGGCUAAGCGCGUGGUGUAAUCAAUCAAAGUGUUAACAGAUCUCUCUCGAUCGUGUCAAUUGUCAAGUGUCUCUUUCGUUGCCCAAAACUCCGAUCAAAUUCCUCCGUCGUGUUUGCAUGGCGUUUGCUCCGAUUCUCCGCCGCGCCUCCGCCGCUAAGAACCUCUUGUCCUUAACUAGACUCGCUGUUGCCUCUUCCUCUCUCUCCACUAGGUCUCUUCAAACCGGAGCCUCCGGCGAUGAUUCUCAAUCCACGUCUGGGUAUCACGUGAGCUCCGGCGGGUUCAUGCGUGGAGCCGUGUAUCGCGAGCCCAACAAGCCUCUAACCAUCGAAGAAUUUCAUAUUCCCCGCCCCAAAGCCAAUGAAAUUCUCAUCAAAACCAAAGCGUGUGGAGUUUGUCACUCUGAUCUUCAUGUGAUGAAAGGAGAGAUACCAUUUGCUAGUCCUUGUGUAAUUGGUCAUGAAAUCACUGGUGAAGUUGUUGAACACGGUCCACUUACUGAUCACAAGAUCAUUAAUAGAUUUCCAAUCGGCUCUCGUGUAGUUGGAGCUUUCAUUAUGCCUUGUGGAACCUGUUCUUAUUGUGCUAAGGGCCAUGAUGAUCUAUGUGAAGACUUCUUUGCUUACAACAGAGCUAAGGGAACUCUUUACGAUGGCGAGACUCGUCUCUUUUUGCGAAAUGAUGAUUCACCAGUGUAUAUGUACAGUAUGGGAGGGAUGGCUGAGUACUGUGUCACACCAGCUCACGGGUUAGCUCCUCUACCAGACUCUUUGCCCUACACUGAAUCUGCAAUUCUAGGUUGUGCUGUUUUUACAGCAUAUGGUGCUAUGGCUCAUGCUGCUGAGAUCCGUCCUGGAGAUUCUAUUGCGGUUAUUGGAAUUGGUGGUGUUGGCUCCAGUUGUUUGCAGAUAGCGAGGGCUUUUGGAGCCUCGGAUAUAAUUGCUGUGGAUGUUCAGGAUGAUAAAUUGCAGAAGGCCAAGACACUUGGUGCUACCCAUAUUGUCAAUGCUGCUAAAGAAGAUGCUGUUGACAGGAUAAGAGAAAUAACCGGUGGAAUGGGUGUUGAUGUUGCUGUUGAAGCCUUGGGAAAGCCUCAAACUUUCAUGCAGUGCACACUAAGUGUGAAAGAUGGUGGGAAAGCUGUGAUGAUUGGACUCUCUCAAGCUGGUUCCGUUGGAGAAAUUGACAUAAACCGACUUGUUCGUAGAAAGAUAAAAGUUAUAGGGUCAUAUGGAGGAAGAGCAAGACAGGAUCUUCCUAAAGUAGUGAAAUUGGCAGAGUCAGGAAUCUUCAAUCUGACAAACGCAGUCUCAAGUAAAUACAAGUUUGAAGAUGCAGGAAAAGCAUUUCAAGAUCUCAAUGAAGGCAAAAUCGUGAGCCGAGGUGUUGUUGAGAUACUAUAACCAUAGCCUUUUGAUUCUGGUUUGGGAAUGACUGCUUCAUACCUGAUUCACAGAGGUCUAUUUUUUAGUUGCUACAAUCUUCAGAACAAGGUCAUGGUUAAUCUGAUAUUUGAAGCUUAUUUGUGUUUGUUUCUAUGUGCAUAGCAAUGUCUUAUGAGUCGUCAACAUUGUUCUUGAGAAUCAUCAAUAAAGAAGCAUGUAUGUGAAACGAUUUUGAUA